AUGGACAACAAACAGUACGGGCUGCAAGGAUCUGGUUCGGGCAUUGGAGGAGGCUCGAACGAACUAGCAGUUACUGCUCGUUUGCCGCCACCACCACAACUAGGAGCUCCCGCUCGACCACCACCACCACCACCAAAGAGAGGAGCUCUUGCUCGAUCACCACCACCAUCACAAACAGUAGCUCAUGAUCAACCACCACCAUCACCACAAAUAGAAGUUCUCGCUCAGCCUUCACCACCAUCACAGGCAGCAUUUCCCGCUCGACCUCCAUCCUCACCACAACUAGGAGCUUCCGCUCCACCUCCUGAUGUAAUUCCAUGCAAGGCGUGCGUUUACUCGUCCGACAACAUCGUGGAAACAUGCCACAUUAAGGAGACAUGGGCCAAGAAGCUUACAGUGCAUGGAGAGGAAUAUGACAAAAAAUAUUAUUGUGUCAUUGUUGAGGUAUCCCUUAAAGGGAGUGUGGUUCUGCCAUGCUCAAUCAAGCAGGAAGGUUACGACUUGGUUCUCAAGAGGUUGCUUACUAUGUAG